CUUCGCCCUUUGCAUCGACUUGUCUCUUUUCUUUCACACUCAUCUCUUCUCUCUUACCAUCCUCCUCCUCCUUUGCAUUGUCUCUAUCUACAGAGCCUUUGCACCGUCUUUUUUCUCUGUUCUAAUAGACGCCGCUAGAGCGAGAUUUGCGUGUGAGCGCAGUCCGUGGGCAACACCUUUCCCAUAGACCGCUGUUUUCAGCUUCUCCUGAAAAAUUCACAACCACCCCAAUCCAAUCCGAUUUAAUACUCCUACCAACCGCCAAAACCGAUCUUCCACGAAAUGCCAGCGGUCGACGCCAUGACUUCUACACCAGUUUCCUCCGCAAAGGAGACCAAGUCCUCCAUCCACACCCUCGAGCAGAUGAUGCAAAAUCUGUCUGUCUCAAAAACUCAGGAUGAGAUCAACUCGGCCGCCAACAACCUUGCCAUCCUCAUGAACGGCCCCAUCGAGGAGCACGCAAUGCCCUUGAAGGCUGUUGAGACCUUUAAAAAGCAGCUUGCGAAUAAAAAAGAUGCGGCUGUCAGAGAGCGAGCCGUCGAUGGCAUCAAAGCCAUUGCCGCUCACUCGACAAUUUCUCCAGCCGUCGAGCCAUACCUGAUUUCCCUCCUCCCGCUCACUCUUGCUGCCGUGGGCGACAAGAUGACUUCUGUCAAGAACGCUGCGCAGGCCGCAUCUCAAGCCAUCGUCCGAGCCAUCAACCCCAACGCCGUCAAGGCAGCUCUUCCUCACAUCCGAAACUCCAUCAUCACCGCCCAGAAAUGGCCCGAGAAGAUGAACGGCCUCGACUGCAUCGAAACCCUGGUUGAAACUGCGCCCACUCAAUUGUCCUUCCUCGUUCCUACUCUUAUCCCCAUUGUUUCCGAGUCGAUGUGGGACACCAAGCCCGAAGUCAAGAAGAAGGCUUAUGGCACAAUGGAGAAGAUUUGCAAAUUGAUCGAAAACAAGGAUAUCGAGAAAUUUAUCCCUGAGCUGAUCAAGUGUGUUGCUAAGCCUGAGAACGUCCCCGAGACUAUUCACUUGCUCGGUGCUACCACUUUCGUCACCGACGUCCAUGAGCCAACUCUGGCCAUCAUGGUUCCUCUACUUGAGCGUGGUCUGGCCGAGCGCGAGACUGCCAUCAAGCGAAAGGCUGCCGUGAUUGUCGACAACAUGUGUAAAUUGGUCGAGGAUCCUCAGAUUGUCGCAGCUUUCCUGCCAAAACUGAUGCCUGCUCUUACCAAGAACUACGAGAACAUGGCCGAUCCUGAGGCCCGUGAGAAGACCAAGCAGGGUCUUGACACCCUCAAGCGUGUUGGUGCUGUCAAGGAGGACGGCAGCUUCCCCAAAGUCUCUACUGCCGGUGAGGUCUCCACUGUUGUGGGCAUACUAAAGUCCAUUUUGGAGCCAAAGCACAAGGAUGCUUUGAAAUCCGAGGCAGUCAUUGAGUACGUUGCGGCUAUUGCUGGUCAGUUGAUCGAUGAGAAGGUCGUCGACGCUCCUGACUGGGUUUCCAACACUCAGGAAUACCUUAAGACCAUUGUUGGCGAGCAAGACGCGUCAGCGAUUGCUGACCAGCUUAGAAAGAAGGCCUCUCCAGGUGCCGAGGAAGAAGCCGAGGGCGAACCUGAUGAUGAAGAGGGCGAGGACCUCUGCAACUGCCAGUUUAACUUGGCCUACGGUGCUAAGAUUCUCCUCAACCAGACUCAUCUUCGCCUGAAGCGCGGUCAGCGCUACGGUCUUCUGGGCCCCAAUGGUUCCGGCAAAUCUACACUCAUGCGUGCCAUCAACAACGAGCAGGUUGAGGGCUUUCCCAAGAAGGAUGAAGUCAAGACUGUGUUCGUCGAGCACGAUCUUGAUGCUGCCGACACCGAACUUACCGUCAUUGGCUGGACCAUGAUGAAGUUGGAGCAGGUCGGCAUUACCACAUCACGAGAAGAGAUUGAAAAGCAGCUUCUCGAGUUCGGCUUCCUCGAAUCCCAAUACGAUGGCCCCAUCACCUCUCUUUCUGGUGGCUGGAAGAUGAAGCUUGCCCUUGCCCGUGCCGUGUUCGAAUCGCCCGACAUCCUGCUCCUCGACGAGCCUACCAAUCACUUGGACGUCAAGAACGUGAAGUGGCUCGAGGAUUACCUGAUCAACUCUCCUUGCACAUCCAUCAUCGUCUCUCACGACUCCAAAUUCUUGAACAACGUCAUUCAACACGUUAUCCAUUACGAGCGCUUCAAGCUCCGACGGUACCGUGGUAACCUGACCGAGUUUGCCAAGCGAGUCCCAGCUGCUCGAUCCUACUUCGAGCUUGGAGCCUCCGAGAUGGAGUUCAAGUUCCCCGAGCCAGGUUUCCUUGAAGGUGUUAAGACCAAGGCCAAGGCCAUUGUCCGUGUCAACAAGAUGUCCUUCCAAUACCCAGGUACCGACAAGCCUCAAAUCUCCGAUAUCACCUUCCAGGUUUCUCUUGGCUCUCGUAUUGCCGUCAUUGGUCCCAACGGUGCCGGUAAAUCGACUCUCGUCAACGUCCUCACUGGUGAAUUGAUCCCUACCUCUGGUGAAGUCUACCAGCACGAGAACAUCCGUAUCGCCUACAUCAAGCAACACGCUUUUGCUCACAUCGAUAACCACUUGGACAAGACUCCAUCCGAAUACAUCCAAUGGCGUUUCCAGACUGGUGAAGAUCGUGAGACCAUGGAUCGCGCCAACAAGAUCGUCACCGAGGAUGAUGAGAAAGCCAUGGACAAGAUCUACAAGAUUGAAGGCUCCCAGCGACGUGUCAUUGGCAUUCACGCCCGAAGAAAGUUCAAGAACUCGUACGAAUACGAGUGUUCGUUCGCUCUCGGUGAGAACGUUGGCCAGAAGAACGAGAAGUGGAUCCCUAUGAUGACUGCCGACAACGCCUGGAUUCCUCGUUCUGAGAUCAUGGCUUCCCAUCAGAAGAUGGUUGCCGAUGUCGAUCAGAAGGAGGCCCUCGCCAGCGGUCAAUUCCGACCCCUGGUUCGACGUGAAAUCGAGCAACACGGUGCCAACUUCGGUCUGGAUGCCGAACUCAUUUCCCACUCCCGCAUGCGUGGGUUGUCGGGUGGUCAACGUGUCAAGGUCGUGCUUGCUGCUUGCACAUGGCAACGUCCUCACUUGAUCGUCCUUGACGAGCCUACCAACUAUCUUGACCGUGACUCCCUUGGUGCCCUGUCCAAGGCUCUCAAGUCUUUCGAGGGUGGUGUCGUCAUCAUCUCUCACAACGCUGAGUUCACCGAGAGCUUGACCAACGAAGUGUGGUCGGUCGUGAACGGAAAGAUGACUCCUUCUGGACACAACUGGGUCCAAGGACAAGGUGCUGGUCCUCGAUUGACCGACAAGGGUGACGACGAAGAGGACAAGUUCGACGCCAUGGGCAACAAGAUUGAAGGCAACAAGAAGGCUAAGAAGUUGACUUCAUCUGAGUUGAGAAAGAAGAAGAAGGACCGAAUGGCCCGACGCAAGCGUGGCGAGGAAGUCUUCACCGAUGAGGACGAGUAGACGACUCGCAGCAUCUGACGAUUAGCACGACUUUGCCCAUUCUUUUCGACUGCAUACGAGGAGACUGGCGCUUAUUGCAUACCACCUAUGAAUGCCAGACAUUGUCACGGAUUUUCGAGUUAAUGAACAUUCAUGGUGAAUUCAGUCCGGAGUUUGGGGUUCCAAAACGCAAUGCGGUGCCUUGUUGUUCAUAUCGAAGCGGUACCUCGUCUCGCCUUUUGAGAUGGUGAGGUGAGCCUCCGUUUUUUUGCGGAAAGGAUAGACCAGGCCUAUGAGAGAUAGAUCAUAGAAUGUUAUCAAUGAUCAUGGACAGUUUAAGAGUUGAAGACA